UGUUUUUCUGACGGAACUAGUCCUUGUGAAAAGAGAGGCGGCGGCGGGACGGGGCGAAGGUUUGGAUUGACGAGAUGGAUUCGGCAACUGAAGCUUGCGGUAAACCUUCGAGCUUCGUAUAUCUGAAGGCUGCCUUCAUCGCCAUGGAGCCCGUCGAUUGCUUGAUCUCCUUAGCCAGACAAGUUGGUGGAGGCUCUAUAACAACAAGGGUUCAAACUUUCAUUUUGGAGGACUGUAUAAAUGAUAAUGCAAUAAAAGGCACAAAGUUGAACCACAAAUAUAUUAAGAAUGUUCUCCAAAAGCUCAUUGUCGCUGUGGAAUCAACUUCUGAAGUUGUGGAGGGAUUGUAUGAAAAGUUUGCUUAUUAUUUGACAAUCAAUUUGGAGGAUCAGUUGUUAAAGGAGAACAAUAGAAUCUGCAAGCAAGUUACAUUUCUUUUAUCGCCAGGCAAUUCAACUGCAGUGGAUUUAGUAGUUUCUCUGCAAUGUUCUCUAAACAUGCUUGAAGGAGACACAGGUUGUGCUCUUUGGCCUUCAAGUCUAUUCUUAUCAGAGUUUAUACUUUCUUUCCAAGAAAUUUUCUCAAACCGAUUUUGCUUUGAGAUUGGCUCUGGUGUUGGUUUGGUUGGGAUUACUCUUCUGCAUGCUGGAGCUUCGAAGGUAAUUCUUACUGAUGGGGAUUUGUCAACUUUAGCAAAUAUGAGAUGUAAUUUAAAGAUGAAUAACCUAAUGGAAGCAUCAUCAGUGAGGUCAAGUGGACAGCCUAUGGUCGAAUGCAGACAUUUGCCAUGGGAGUCUGUAUCUAAGAGUGAGCUCCUGAUUUAUCAACCAGAAAUAGUAUUGGGUGCAGAUAUAAUCUACGAUCCACUUUGCAUUCCACAUCUCAUUCGAGUUCUUUCUACUCUUCUGAAUUCUGUUGCAUCUGAACCUAAAGCAAAUCAAGUAGGCUGUUAUAGAUUCUCUCAGGAAAGUGAAGAUGCACAACAUGGACUCAGCACCAGCGAACCUCCUAUCGCAUAUAUAGCUACUGUCAUCCGGAAUCAGGAAACAUUUGAUUGUUUUCUCCGAGUGGCUACUGAAAAUUCACUUUCUGUUGUUGACGUUACUGAGAUGGUGAAACCACUGAAUCUCCUUCCUUACAUGCAAUCAUAUGACAGAUCAAGUGUGCAUCUCUUGAGAGUGUUGCCAAUAUGCUUGUAACAUUGUGUUGUUACUCUGUAUUUAGGCAAGGACUGAACUCUAAAUAUGAUCCUGAGUUUGUUUAGAAGUUACUAUUUAUACCCAACCAGCUUGUAUGAUUGGAUUUUUAGGAAUUCACGCAGUUUUAUGAGACUUUACCUUGCAAAAUAAAUCCAUUGAUGGUGGUUCA